AUGAGUAGCCAAGGAAGAGGCCGUGGUAGAGGCCGAGGCCGUGGUAGAGGCAGAGGCCGAGGUCGUGAACAGGACCCUGUAGAACCGCAAGUAAGGGCUGCCGAGGAUCCGAGGGUAGAUGGAAUUUUAAGAGCUCUCGAGGAAGCUGGAAUUCUGGGAGGUAGACUAGCCCAAGAGAGAGAUGCCACUAUAGCUGCUGCUGUUGAGGCCGCCAUGGCUGCUGCCAACGGGGCAAAUGGGAAUGAUGGAAAUAAUGGGAAUCAGGGGAAUCAGGAGGAUCCAAUUCCAGCGCCAGUGAAUGUGGGCAGGCCGAUGUCCAAGUUAGUAGAGCAGUUCCUGAAAUUAAAGCCGCCGAAGUUCAAUGGGAAAGGUGACCCUGAGGCCGCACCCCGUUGGGUUGAGGGGUUGGAGAAGGCUUUCGAAGUGCUAGGGUGUACCGAGGCCGAAAAGGUGACAUUGGCGGUAUAUCAACUGCAGGACAACGCCGAUGAUUGGUGGAAGGCCACCAAAGGAAAGGUAUUUCCCGAAGGGACCGCCCCGACUUGGACCGUAUUUUCUGAGACUUUCCUGGGAAAAUUCUUUUCUGAGAGCGCCAGGGAAAGGAAAUUGGCAGAAUUCAUGAGGCUCCGCCAGGGAUUGAUGACCGUAGAUCAGUACGAGGCAGAAUUUGCGAGACUGUCGAGGUUCGCGCCAAGGAUGACUUAUGAGGACUUAUAUGAGAGAGCUCAGGCUAUUGAGCGAGAGCAAGUAGAUAGAGCGGCCGCAUCUGGAUCGCGGUUCGCCCCGGCUAAGGACAACCGCCGUUUUGGGAAGAAACCAAUGGCGGGAAACAGGAGGUUCGUCCCACCGAUCGUGAAGAACAUUGGAAAGCCGAAUCCCAAGCAGAAUGUGCUUGGGGCUUGCUUCAAAUGCGGGAGUAUGAACCAUCAAAUCGAGUUGUCCCCAGCAGCCGCCCGCAGACCCCGAUGCAACAUCAACCCCGAAUUGGGAAUCAGCCGGGAAUCUACCGCCGGCUAA